UUUAAAGCUCUGGAUACUCCGGAACAAACUCCGAUAAAUGAAUCGAAACUGCUGCCAAAGGCCACUAAAAGUACCAAGAACUCCACUUCCAGCUGAGUCAAGUCAAACAACUCUCUAUGGGCAAUUGAAAUUAACAGCCGAAAACCAUUCUAUCAGUGCAGUCAAAGUUAUCAAAUUCCACAUCACUGAAAUCGCGGCCAGGAAGGUAGCAAUUUUUCAUCUAGACAGUGCGAUUUCUGGAACUGUUUCUAACGAAUCCGAAACUUAUGAGGUACUUUUUCAUUAAUUCAAACAUAGCCUUAAAGGAUAGCUGAAAAACUUGUUCUAAUUCCACCACACAGCUUAUCGAUUUGAACCAACUUGCUUGAAGCCUUGAAGUCCAGCUGUUAGUGACGAGACUGAAAGAAUGACGUUACAAACUCCAAGCAUUUCUUCUACUUCAAAAAGUUUACAAAGAAACGUCGUCAAGAGGAUAAAUAAUGCUAUGAAACGUAAGUUGAUAAUACCAGUCAGUUGGGACCGGCCAUGGGCAAUCAACUACCAUUAUCAAAAACUUUGAUCAACAAACUCCCCAAACGACCAUCAUAGCCACACCAAGGCGUUCUCUGCUAUGACCCUCCAAAUAUCUGGAGAACAGAGCUCCCAACGAUUCAUAAGAUGAAGAUGUUCCAGCCAUUUACUUCGUCCAAGAACAUUAGCUGUGCACCUAAUCGGAAUAGACAAGCUCAAAACGCUCAUCAUUACCUGAGAAGUUUCACACCGCUUCCCAAAGGUCAGGAAUCCCGAUGGUCCGUUGGCGUACCCUGCCUCGCAAAAAUGGAUCCAAACAUCUUGGAAUUCAUAUGUGAGAAAGUGGAUGAACGUGUCGCGAUGCGCGUUGGACCGCAAAACAUAGUCCAAUUCCGCAAGUUAGCUGACGAAAAGAAGGUGCACAGUUAUUUGGCCGAAAAAAUAUCGAAUUUACGAAAAGUAGUCCGAAAUUGCGGCAAAACGAUCGGUUCAUGGUAAAAAGUGCAGAUUUAUGGAUUCGACGUUAUUUAGAAUUAGAAUUAGAAAACUUAUUAAUGACUCGUGUUUUUUCGCUUAA